CCACUACCGCUUUAAGCUACAAUCAGACCCUCCUUCUCUCUGUGUUGGUCUGUACAUCUGUUGAGGAGAGUUCCAACCGUGAGUUUCUGUUUUAAUCAAUGGGACAGGCGAUCUAGACACACAGAUUUACUCCCUCAGUAGUGGGAGAUGUCACAGUGACUUAGAAAACAACCAAUCAGAAAGUCCCAUCCAGCCAUGCAGUUUCCAAAUAUGGCUGCCUUGACCUCAAUUGGUGACCUUAGGAAGUACAAGUAGGCUGAGAGCCGUGGCUACAGUUGGAUCUGCCCAGGAAGGCAGGCGUUUCCUGAUUCACUGAUCAAUGGAAGGUGUUGUUGUGUGUGGGAGGGUGCGUAGUCUAGCACUGGGAAUGUCUGAACUGAACGCUGGCUAAGCAAAGACGGAAUAUUUUUGAUUGUAAGCAAGAAUGAUGCCAUCGCGCAGUGUCACCUGCCUACCUUGAUAGUACAGGGACUAUUAUAUACAACUGUUGCAGAUUUUGGAUGUGUAUUGACUCAGGAUGUGGUGUGGAGCUGGGUAGAUAUCAAGCAGAAGUAGAAUGACAUUGACACUAGCGUCAUCUGCCCUACACUAUGCAUGGACAACAUCUAGAAGAUUAUCUUAACUCUACCUGUUGCAGUCCGGAAAUGGGUAAAGAUCCUUAGGAAUAAUACAUGUGACCUGUUUUAAGGACAUGCUGUCCGAGGGCGACAUGCCUCCCGACACAAGUUCCCAACAGACGUCUCUGAUGGAGAGAAUCAGCAUCAGUAGCCCUCCUGGAACAUUCCAGUUUGAUGUGGACGACUCCUCCCCGUCCCAGACCGACCAGUGUUUCCCUCCCGAUGCCAAGAAGGCCAAGAAAGGUGUGGGCAUCGCUGGCAAGAGCAUCGAGGAGGAGUUGUGUCGUAUCUGCGGUGACCGAGCCUCGGGAUACCACUAUAAUGCCCUUAGCUGUGAAGGCUGUAAAGGUUUCUUCCGGCGCAGCAUUACUCGGGGUGCUACCUACACGUGUAAAUAUGGCGGGAACUGUGAGAUGGACAUGUGGAUGCGGCGGAAAUGUCAGUGUUGUCGGCUACGGAGGUGCAAGGAAGUUGGGAUGAAGGAAGAAUGCCUUUUGUCCGAAGAGCAGUGUAAGGCUCGGGACGCCCGGUGCAAGGCCAAGUCACGAGUACCACAGAUCCCCACGAAGGCCGAGAGUCCAGACGGGAACAGCUUCUCCCCAGACUCAGAUACCCGAUAUCAGGAGUUCAAGCCAGACAUCAACAUUCUGCCUGGAACUGCCAUUCUCAUGGAUAAUCCUCUUACAAAGAUUGGCAAUGAACAGCGGCUUUUAAUUGAGAAACUGUGCCGGCUUCAGGAUAAGUUCGAGUUUCCAGAUGAAAAGGAUGUUGUCAAGGCAACGAUAAUCGAGCAGGGCCAGAAGGAGGCGACAUCUGACAACAUGAUGGGAGAGAUGGUACAGAUGACGGUGCUCAUCACACACCUCAUCGUGGAGUUCGCCAAGUGUCUCCCCGGCUUCACCUCCCUGGACAAGGAGGAUCAGAUUGUCCUGCUGAAGGCGGCAUCCUGUGAGUGUAUGGCAAUUAGGGCAGCCCGAUGCUAUGAUGCAGACUCCAAGGCCAUAAUCUUUGCCAAUGGCUUGCCCUGUACCCUGGACAAUAUGAAGGCAACAGGGCUUGGGCGGUACGCUGAGCUGAUGUACGAGUUCUGUGACAACAUGGCCAUGCUGAAGACUGACAAUGCUGAGUAUGCUCUCAUCACUACCAUAGCGAUAUUCUCAGAGCGGCCCGGUCUGAAGGACAAGCAGAAAGUUGAAGAGAUUCAAUCUCACUAUGUAGAAACUCUACAGUCGUAUGAAAACGCCAAAAGACUUCGUGGUGGGAGUGCACUUGCCAAAUUUCUGACCCGCAUGUCAGAUCUCCGAACAAUCAGUGUGGAGCACUCCAACUUGCUGCUCGAUAUGGAGAUGGACGGAACACAGUUCCCAUCCUUGAUGAUGGAGACAUACGUUGCCCAGACGGACCCAUAGUGGUUCACGGAGGCCGUGACACUCUAAGCCAAGUCCUGUGAGUGCAUCUGGCAUGCUUGCUAGCAGGUCCCAGUCACCGUCAUCCUGGCUUCCUGGUGAAUGUUGUCAUAUAUCGAAACAUAAUUGCUGUUGAGGUUUAUUUACUUUGGAGGAUGUUUUCUGUGAGAUGGUUCAUCUGACAUCAGAACUGAUAUGGAAUGGAGGAGUCACUCGGGGAACAGUCUGGUGGAAGGAAGAUCCUUGUCUUGUAGAUUGUCUUCAUCAAGUAAAGAUGUCUGCCUGUCAAUGUGGUCCCUCAUAUGCAUAAUCAAGUCAUGUCAGCCAUGUUCAUUGUUCUUGUUACUGAUAUUAAGAUGAUUUCUGUGAAAAACAUGCAACAGAUAUUUUAGAAUGAGAGUGAGCAGCUACAGACAGAAGUCUUCACUUAGUAAAGAAUUUCACAGUGAUGAUUUGGGACAGGUCAAUGUCUCUCAUUGGUAGUUUCAGAAAGGAGGAUUAUCAAAAUAGUGACUCUUGUGUACUGAACCAUGCACCAACCGUGUCAGUACUUCAGCUCAGAUUCAUUACUUCUGUCCUAGAUCAAUCAUGUCACCUAUCUGGGAAAGGGAGUUCACAGGAGCUCAUCUCAAACAGAAAGAAAUCAUCAGUAAGGGUUCCCCUUAUCAAAGAAAACUGCUCCAUACCAAUGACAAACGCCUUGAUCAGUCCCCUGUAAAGUGAUGAGGGGAUCAAACAGUGGUUGGAGGAGACCAAGGUGUUGCUGGUGUUAACUUCAGAGUCUGAUGAAGGCAGUGGUGAAAAGUCCUGAUCAGAAAAGAUGUUGAUGGGGCAAUAUGGGUCUGCAAUUUCAAGUGAAUAUAUACAAUUUAAGAAUAUAACUUUAUACUUUGUAAAUAUGUUCCUCGCGCCAUACCUAGGAAGAUGACAAGUAUGUUUUGAGGAAUGUUUGCAAGUUGAAUUAUCAGCCACAUGACCAUUUCUUCAAUGGAUCUGUAUAUUCUCUGUGAAAUAGCUAGCUAGCUCCAAGUGUGUUCACUUCUCAGUGUGAACUUCAGCAGUGUUCCUUUCACAUGUCAAUACCGCUACAUUGAAGGGCAAUACUUACAAUAAGGUGGAGAAGACAGAAGCGGCAUGGAUGACCUUGUUGUCUACAUCAGAACAUCGGAGGUACUUCACAGGUGUGGUGAUGUGGAUGUGGGCAUGCUAGAUGUAGCCACAUGACCUUGUUAUUAGACGAUGUGUGGUUCACUGACAGAGACAAGGGGAUGUGACAGGACGUGGGCGUCAAAGAGAAUUGUGAUGUGAGUUGACGGCCAUCUGACAGAGAGCACCCGGCAGAGUAUUGUAUAGUUGUGUACAGUGAGAUGUAUAUAGUGAAACUGAGACGACAAACAAUAUUGACGUCAAUAAAUGUGUAUGUAACAUGUAAGUAUUUAGCCACAAGUGUUUCCGAGUGAACGUGUAAACUGACACUUCAUGUGUGUCAACACACAAAGACAAGGAUCGUUGGAUGUCGUGAAAUUUGAUUUUAACUGUGACGCAUCAUUCAAAUAUUACAUCCCGCUCAGCGAUAAAGACAUUUAGUGGGAGUAAAUGUGAAAUAAUCUUUCAUCAAAGUGGAUUUAGGUGCAUGGUGUGCCAGUACAGGAGGUGACGUUGAAAGAUUGAUUUCUUUUAAUUAUGCUUAUAUGAAGUGAAAUUUUAUUGUUGACAUUCUGAUUUUGAAAAAUGAAGGUGUUGACAGAUUGUGGAAGACAAAUUACGUGUGUCGCACUGGAUUAUCAUGGACAACAUGGAGUCAGGUAUGUCAUGUGACUGUCAUGUGACUGUCAUGUGACUCCAUGAUUCAAAGACCUGAAGCUGGGCAAUGGAAAGACACAUGUACUAGCUUAUGGGACAAUGGACUUGUGUGUGGAUUUGUCAAUAAGCAUUAUGUAUUCAACAUCGUCCAUUUGUUUCAAGAUUGAUGAACUUUAUAAAAGGCAGCUUAGUUUCUGAUGACCUUGUAAACAAUUCAUUUCAUUUCUCCUGCCUGUCACCUGGUUUCAAUUGUUUUCUUUUGUUGUUUUGUUUUGUGGAAAUAUAUAUAUAUAUACACACACACAUAUAUAUUUAUGAAUGGAGAUUGCAUUUUAAUCAGCUUUAAUGCUUCAUGUUACUUUUGGAAGACAUUUUUAUGGCAAUCGCAAGGGUUGUUUAAGAGGAGAAACAAUAUUAUCAAUCAAGAUGGGAUUUUUCAGUUAAUAUAGUUAUUUUUCUCUUCAAAUUUUUAAGACUGACCUCUUAAACAACCCAUUGCCUGUGACCAGUAUGGAGCUGUUGAUUUCUAGGAGGGUUUACACUGCAAACAAGUUUUAGAUAGAAGCUGUACAUUUAUUCGAGUUUUAGUACACUGAAAAUUUAGUGAAAACUUCAAAUUAUGAUUUCUUGUUGAAAAAAGCAUCAUUACCAUUGUAAAAAUUGAGCUUCAAAUUUGAGUGAGCUAUACCUGGUAAUACCUUGCUGUGUCAGGUUAGACCUCAUCAGAUCUCAUCUGUCAAGUUUCUCUUCUUGGAAGAUGGAGAAUUGAAUUGUCAUUUACUGCAACUGUUGCCCCUGAAAACAAGAUGACUUACACUGCCAGUUUACCAACCUGAGUUUACGUCAACAUACAUAUCUGUACAUAUCCAUGUCUUCUUACUCUUUCAUCAGAAGAAAGUUACGCUGUGGCAGUGGCUUGUGAUAGAUUUAUUGAAAAGGGGAAAAUCUAAUUGUUUUUCAGGGCAAGUAUAAUCAACGGUAAAAAUAAUUAUUGAUCUGUAAAAGAAUUUUGCAAAGUAAAAAUAUUGAAUUCACUCAUUGUUUAUCAAACUUUAAUGUAUUAAAUAAAUUGCUUGAUAAAUGACCAGAUACAGCUGCCCUCUUUAGGAUAUGCUUUUCGUUAUUUCUUGCAAAGAGUUUCUCUUAACACGAGUAUUCAGCCAUUGUUCUAACUUCAGACAAAGAAUACAUGUCAGUUUGGUAUUUACAGAUGAGAAGUAUGAUAGAAUAAAACUUGCACCAACAGAAACCUACCUUGAGUCUCGCCAUCUUGCGACUUCCAUUUUGACCUUGUGUAAGAAGGUUAUUCAGACUGACAUACACCAGGAAUCAUCCAUCGUUUGAGUUGUUCAAGAAUAUUCUGUCAGUUGAAAUAUUGACAAGAACCUGUCUCAGGAGGCAAGUUGAACAACUGCACUUAAACCUGAAGUGUUCUGACCUUUGAGACUUAAUGGCACCGUUAUUUGUCUGCUUCCUGGAAACUCUUUGUGUGAAAGUAACAUUAAAUGAUGGUAAGGCCAGACCAAUUUUAUUUCUUGUUUUACAGAUUUUUGUCCUCAGAAAACCUGGGGGGGUGAUCACCAAUCAAAGUAAUAUUCCUUUUAAAUACUAACAGUAUUUUACUUUUGGCAAUUUAUGAAGUGUAUAUGGAGCAAAUUACAAUCUAAAAAUUCUUCCUGUAAAUUUACAUUUUUGGCCUAUAAAAACAUUAGAAUUUUUAAAAAAAAAUUCAGCGAGGACAGUUAAUUUUCUUUUCUUUUUUCUUAUUCUUGAAAAAAUACAACCGGUGGAUCCGUAAAACAAUAAAUAAAAUUGGACUGGCCUAAUUGAUAAAUAGUGAGCUGAGUGGUCGAGACUAUAGUUGACUCACUGUAAAAAGGCAGCUUCCUCUCAGAGGUUUCCACAGGAGAGGAAGAUGGUCAAUGUUGAGGAAACGUCUUUCAGGAAAGCUUAUGCUGCAGGAUUGUGAUCUUCAUGAUCUAUAGGUUUGAGACUGAAACUGGCAGCUGUAACAAAUAUGGCCAUAUUCUUAAAACUAUUUAUACAUUAAUGUUUUUCAUUCUUUGGGUAUGCAGAACUUCUAAUAGCAAUGGUAACAAGAAAUUGGAAUCAAAAAUAAAAGAUGGCUUCAUUCUUUUGUAAAUUAUAAGGGUAGCAUGUCUCUUAAACCACACAGUCUGCUAUUUAAGUGUCAUGAAUCUAUCAAGAGCAAGAAACUCACUAAUGCUAUCCAUGUUUUGGACUGGGCAAGGUAAUGUUCAGGACAUGUUCCCUUGCUAUGAAGGCUAGAAGGGUUGGAUGUUGGACUUGGAUGGGGCUGUUGUAGAUGACUACAAAGAAAGUGCAGUUUUUAUGACCAAGCUCUCCUUGUGGUAGGGCCAUAACUUGCACUUGAAUAAAUUGUGCCUUCAAUUUGUAAUGAUUUCUAAGUCGGGAAUUUUGGCUUUAACUCCUCAGGGGAACUGGGGCAGCAACUAUAUGACUGUAAAAUGGCUUUUAAUGUACACUAUGUGAUUCAGUGUUGUGUCCAUGCUGUGCAACAACUGUGAGCACCCCUUUGUGUCCCCGCAUCCUCUGAUUGAAGUUGGGCAGAUGUUGAUAGAACAAAAACUUACCAUUGUACAAUACUCAGACAUAAUUCUGUAUUAGGUUACUAAACAUAGUGAUUCAAGUGCCGCUCCAGUUCUCUGGAGAGCAUCAGGUUCGUCAUCAUUAACUUCAGUAAGAGGACUCUGCCUCAGUGCUAUUAGACAACACUCAUGUUAUUCUUGGAAUAGUCAUCAGUUAUAAUGCUUCAUUGUGGCUGCUGAUGGAUAUUCCGACUGAAGUAUUUUUAAA